AGCUUUUGGUGCUUAGUAUAUUAGUCUAUUAGACCUAUUCUUUUUCUUUUCCCCCAGAGAAGUAAGAUAAAAAGUCAUUGUUUUCCUCUAAAGCCUUAUUAACAUUUGUUGCUACUAUGAACAAAGAUUCUUGCUAUAUAAUUUCUUCUCGCAUUUGAAGGUCAAUUAGCAACUUUCAAAACCUUUAGCUUCCAUUUCUGUCACUAUGGUUUCGCGAGAUUCACCUCCAAAUCCAACUUCCAGUAUGCUGCACCAUUUUAUCGUCUCGGAUCCUAUUAAUAGCCGAAACCAAUUCGGAGGUCAACCUUUUGAUGCCUAUGGCUCUACUUUGAGAGGCAACCACAAUACAUUUCCCCAGUCCCUCGGUUUAUUGCCUACCAUUCAUUCUCUCGGGGAAAGAAUGUCCAGAUCGAUGGAUCUCCUUCCAUCUCCCAUUGUCACUGAUGAAUCAGAUAUUAGCCAGACCAGACACUUGAUGGACCUUCUUGGAGCAGCUAACGAGACCAACCACCAAACCCAAAGGUUGUCACUAUCUCUCGGUUCUCACGUGCUUGAUCCUUCCUUAAAUUCUGGUAUUGCAAGUCCUAGUUACUUGCUUUCCAGGGCUGAAGAUAGAGAAGUUUGUAGUCCAGGCGUGGGAAACUUAAGGGAUGACUACAAUUUCACAGUUAACACAUUUGCUUCACCUUCAACCUCACUGCACCGAUCCCUAUUGACUACGUAUGGAGCAGCAGAAUCAUUUGCCACUGCUAUAGUUAAUUCGAGGUAUCUAAAGCCAACUGAGUCCCUCCUACAUGAACUUGUCAAUAUUGGUGGCAAAAACGUCGACGAAAAUUUCUUUGGGAAGUUAUAUCUAGGAGACAGAGGAGGAAAUGCAAGACUUUCCUCUGAACUAAAAGCAGAAUUCUGCAGUAAUGAGAUGCUAUUGCCCGAAAACGAGCUCCGAAUUAGGCUUGCAAAGCUGAUUGGAUUACUGGAGGAGGUUGAGCUCAGAUAUGAGAAAUACUACCAGCAAAUGGAAGAAGUGGUUUCAUCAUUCGAGUCGCUAGCUGGUUUAGGAGCAGCAAAGUCGUACACUGCUUUGGCACUCCAAGCAAUGUCCAGGCAUUUUGGAAAUCUAAGGGAUGCCAUAAUAUCGCAUAUUAAUGUAAUCAGAAGAAAGUUUUCGCACGAUUUACCGAGAAUCAACCGGGGAUUGUCGCAGCUUAGCCUGUUCGAUAGAGAUUCUAGGCAGAACCGACAGUGCCUUCAACAACAACUUGGAAUGAUCCCAAGGCAAAGGCAAGCUUGGAGGCCUAUUAGAGGAUUGCCAGAAACCUCCGUAGCCAUCCUUCGUACCUGGCUUUUCGAACACUUCCUUCACCCCUAUCCAACAGAUUCGGAGAAGAUAAUGUUAGCAUCACAGACAGGCCUGACCAAGAAUCAAAUAUCAAACUGGUUUAUAAAUGCUCGAGUUCGAUUGUGGAAGCCUAUGAUAGAAGAAAUGUACAAAGAGGAGUUUGAAGACUCUCCUCAAGAUUCUGAUCCAUCGUUUGCUAGCAGUUCCAUGGGCAGGGAGGGGAUCACUGAUCAAGCUGAGGAUUGAAGGGAUAGCAAAAAUCACUUUUAAAUAGAUUGAUUCUGUAACCAAGAUUCUUAGGCUAAAUCAGAUGGUUGACAAAUGACCUUUCAGCAUUUGAUAUGAAACUAAUUAGACUCCAAAUACAUCUUUUGAAGCUUAAUGGUGGAACUGUGGAGUUUACCUCUCUUAUAUAUUUUUUCUCAUGGCAUGAUAUGGAAUUCAAAGUUUUGGGGGCAGUUAAAUUUCGUGCUUCUUGUAAAACAAAACUCAAGUUUUACUGCAAGAAGAAAUGAUAGAAAUGAAAGA